CGGGUGAUCCACUGGCUAUUCCCGGUACGAAUUGGAAGGAAAUGGCCGAGCCAACGGGUGUGUGCCGGUUGCUAGAAUGGUUAGAAAUUGACCGCGGUUGAAAUGAUUGCACGCAGUUUUGACCACUGGUUAAGUCCCAGUAGAGAGAGAGAGAGACAGACAGGGAGAGAAAUAGAAACAGAGAGGACUGUACCAGCCCUGGCGCCUGCAAGCUGCAAUAGUUGUCCAAAGAAAGAGAGUCUGUUUUGGUUGUAGAGGGGUGUGCACGGAGACACUAGAGAGACAGAGUACUGGAUGAAUCGUUGACUAGAGAAGAUUGGUGGUGAAUUCAGAGAGAUAUUGCUACUAUUGUGAAUUACAGGGGUUUUAAUCGAGUUCAGCGAGAGCGGGGGAGAUUUGUGGCAUAUUUAGGUUUUUUUGUUGGAUUUUGAUUGAGUUUCGGGAGAGAGUGAACGAAAUUGUGAAAUUCGGAGCGUUAUUGUUGAUUGAAGAGUUGAAUUUCGGGGUUUUAUGGUUUGUGAGAGUGAGAGAACACUUGUAGAGGUGUAGUCAAUGAGAGAUCUGAAUUGAAAGUAGAGAGAGAAUGCCUUCUUCAGAGAUUUCGACCAAGGGAAGGGCAGAGAGCUUCUCUUCCGGAUACAGCGAGCCUAACGCUGUGGAAGGGCAGAAAAGUCAUUCAACACAUUCUGGCGCCGGUAAAGUUGUAGACCCCGAGACGGCGUUGUACAGGGAGCUAUGGCAUGCUUGUGCGGGUCCUCUGGUCACCGUUCCUCGUGAAGGAGAGCGUGUCUUCUACUUCCCUCAAGGACAUAUCGAGCAGGUGGAGGCAUCCACUAAUCAGGUCGCGGACCAGCAGAUGCCUCUCUAUGAUCUUCCAUCGAAGCUCCUUUGUCGUGUGAUCAACGUCCAGUUGAAGGCUGAACAAGAAACAGAUGAGGUGUAUGCCCAAGUGACUUUGCUUCCUGAGCCUAAUCAAGAUGAGAAUGCUGUUGAGAAGGAGCCAUCGCCACCUCUGCCACCAAGAUUUCAUGUUCAUUCAUUCUGUAAAACUCUGACAGCUUCUGAUACCAGCACACAUGGUGGAUUUUCCGUGCUUAGGCGGCAUGCUGAUGAAUGCCUACCCCCGCUGGACAUGUCACUGCAGCCUCCAACCCAAGAAUUGGUUGCCAAGGAUUUGCAUGGAAAUGAAUGGCGAUUUCGUCACAUCUUUCGUGGUCAACCACGACGGCACCUGCUUCAAAGUGGCUGGAGUGUGUUUGUUAGCUCCAAAAGGCUUGUUGCUGGAGAUGCCUUCAUAUUUCUAAGAGGUGAGAACGGAGAGCUUCGUGUGGGUGUUAGACGAGCAAUGAGACAGCAUGGCAAUGUUCCAUUGUCUGUUAUAUCUAGCCAUAGCAUGCAUCUUGGUGUGCUUGCUUCUGCGUGGCAUGCGAUUUCAACGGGAACCAUUUUUACUGUUUAUUACAAGCCAAGGACAAGUCCAGCAGAGUUCAUUGUUCCAUUUGAUCAGUACAUGGAGUCUGUAAAGACCAAUUAUUCCAUUGGGAUGAGGUUUAAAAUGAGGUUUGAAGGAGAGGAAGCUCCAGAGCAGAGGUUUACUGGCACCGUAGUUGGAACUGAAGAUGCUGAUCCCAAAAGAUGGCAGGAUUCCAAAUGGAGAUGCCUCAAGGUGAGAUGGGAUGAGACUUCGAACAUACCUCGGCCAGAGAGAGUCUCACCUUGGAAAAUAGAACCUGCUUUGGCUCCUUCUGCUCUGAAUCCUCUCCCAUUGCCAAGGCAAAAAAGGUCUCGAUUGAAUAUGGUGCCAUCAUCGCCCGACUCCUCUGUUCUUACUAAGGAAGGUUCCUCUAAGAUGACCAUAGAUCCUUCACCAGCAAAUGGGUUUUCAAGGGUCUUGCCAGGUCAAGAAUUCUCGACCUUGAGAGCCAAUUAUGCACAGAGCAAUGAAUCUGAUGCUACUGAUAAAUCAAUUAUGUGGCCGCCUUCACUAGAUGAUGAGAAGAUUGAUGUGGUUUCCACUGCCAGAAGAUAUGGAUUGGAAAGCUGGACACCCUCAGCACGGCAUGAAACUACUUAUACAGACUUGCUGUCGGGAUUUGGGGCAAAUGCCGAUUCCUCUCAUGGGUUCUGUUCUCGCUUUGUUGAUCGAGCUGCAGGAGCUAGUAAUGUAAUGAGAAAACACUCUCAGGAUAGCAAGUUUAAUUUGAUUGCUGGACCAUGGUCGUUAAUGUCCACUGGUCUGACACUUAAGUUGCCAGACUCCAACCAUAAGGCUCCUGCACGAGUUGGUGAUGCACCAUUUCAAGCGCAAGGAAGUGUAACAUAUGGUGGAUUGAGCGAGUAUCCCAUGAAUCAUGGUCAUAGAGAGGAACAUUCCAAUGGAAACUGGUUGAUGCCGCCGCCUUUGUCAUCUCAGUUUGAGAAUCUUGGUCCUCCGAAAGAGCUAAUGCCAAAACACAUGUUUUUACAAGAAAAUGUGGCUGUGAAAUCCAAAGAUGGGAAUUGCAAGCUUUUUGGCAUUCCCCUAAUCAGCAAUCCUGUCACACCAGAUCCGGUAGUGUCACAGAGGAAAAUGGUGAAUGAGCUGGCAGUGCAGCAUGCUAAUCACCAGCUUUGUGCGUUUGAAUCUGAUCAGAAGUCCGAACAGUCAAAGAGUUCAAAAGUUGCGGACGAUAAUGAGCAGGAAAAGUCUUUCCAGACUUCUCAUCCACAUACGGGGGAUAUUCAAAGCAAAUCACAAUGUAGUUCAACCAGGAGUUGUACCAAGGUUCACAAGCAGGGGAUGGCACUUGGUAGGUCUGUGGAUCUUACUAAGUUUACCAGCUAUGAUGAACUGAUAGCUGAAUUGGACCAGUUGUUUGAAUUUGGUGGUGAAUUGAUGGCUUCCAAGAAGAAUUGGUUGAUUGUCUAUACAGACGAUGAGGGUGAUAUGAUGCUUGUUGGAGAUGAUCCUUGGCAGGAGUUUUGUGGCAUGGUUCGCAAGAUUUUCAUCUACACCAGGGAAGAGGUCCAGAAGAUGAAUCCAGGGACCUUGAAUUCAAAGGUUGAGGAGAGUCUAUCACUCAUGGAGGGCAGGGAUGGGAAAGACACUAAACAUGUGCCCAUACCUUCAGCAUCAAGCCCCAACAAUCAUUAAGUUUGGCUUCGAUUCAAUAGGCUUUUGGUGGAGGCUUAAGGGCAGAUCAUCCGUUGUGAAAUAUCAAAUAAUGGUGAAGAUUUGACUCUUGUUCUAGGCUUUGUUUUGUUCUUGGAGAUCAGAUACUAGAUGGGAGGGAUCAUAUAUCCGAUUUUGGACUUGUUAUAAAGUUAGUAUUGUAUGGUGGCCACAUGAUAUAUACAUAUAUAGCCAUAUAUGUUUUGCUAGGCAUGGGGGCCCUUGUUUUUGGAUGGAAUCCAUUCAUUUACACCCUGUACAGAGCUGUCUUACCCAUUCUCCAACCUUCUAAUGUAAGUAAUUUUAUACAUUAUCUAAUGUGUUCUUGGUUAAAGAGGUUACUACAUAUGAUUGUGUUGUGUUUC